AAACCGGAUUCUCAACCGGAUCCAUGAGAACGCAAAUUAGAAAUUACACAUUCAAUGGCGCACGUUUCAGACUGUUGACCACAGACACAGCGUCGUAGUAUUACAGUAUUUGAGUUUGAUCAAGAUAAUUUUGAAGGUACAACCAAGGAUGGAUAUCUCUGGUAACCUCGACUCGGCAAGAGAAGAGGACUACCACCCACAGGAUGGGCCCAUAAAGAUCCAGAAUCCUCAUAUUGCCACCAUGGAGGAAGAUAAUCUCUACCACAUCGCCCUCGGCGACAAGACGCAUGACCUUAAGGAGAUGUUCAAUGAUGUCAAGUUUGUGUGUUUUGGAGGCUCCUCAACCAGAAUGCAGAAGUUUGCAGAGUUUAUGAAGGAGCAGCUUCAUAUCAAAGUACCUGCAGGGAUGACACUGUACAACAUCGCCAAGGAAUCUGACAGAUAUGUCGUUUACAAGACAGGGCCAGUGUUGUCCGUUAGUCAUGGUAUCGGCAUCCCAUCCCUGUCCAUCAUCCUGCAUGAGAUACUGAAGCUGCUGCAACACGCGGAGUGUUCGGGGGUUACGCUGUUCCGGAUCGGCACCAGUGGGGGGCUCGGGCUGGAUCCUGGGUCUGUCGUGAUCACUAGCGAGGCUGUUGAUGGUAUCCUCAGGCCAUACAUGGAGUUGGCAAUCAUGGGCAAGAUCGAAAGGCUUCCUUCCUUCCUGGACAAGAAACUGUGUCAAGAACUCCUGGCCAUGACCUCGCCGGACGACCAUUUCCAGACCAUCAUUGGAAAAACCAUGUGUACCCAUGACUUCUACGAAGGUCAAGCUCGUCUUGAUGGAGCUUUCUGUGACUACACUGAGGCAGACAAGAUGGCGUUCCUUCGCCGUAUCCAUGACGAGGGUAUCCGCAAUAUAGAGAUGGAGUCACUCUGCUUUGCUGCCUACUGCCAUCGGGCAAACAUCAGAGCCGCUGUGAUAUGUGUGACCCUUUUGGACCGCCUUCAUGGAGACCAAAUAACCACACACAGUAUUAUGGAGGAAUGGCAAAACCGACCCCAACUGGUUGUAGCCAGAUUCAUCAAGAAGAAACUGGGUAUCAAGUGAUGAGUGACACUGUUCUACACUAAGGUAUCAUUUGGUGUUAGAUAGCAUUCUUCUUGCAGAAGAGGAGUACAAGCUUUUCAGAUCUGGGCCCUGAUCCAAAAAGCUAUCCUAGCCUAAACAUCCCCGGGCAUAGAACUGAGGCCACAUCUGCUUUGUGUUCUUUUAUUACUAGUCUUGCAUGUAAAUGGUUGACAUUACAACAUAAAGUAACUUUCUUUAAAGCUUUAGAACAAUCGAAAAAAAAAAUACAUUAUCAGACUAUAAAGGUAUAGUUUUUUUUAUGACAUAACAAUUAUGAGCUGACUGUUAGGGAACCCUGAGAGCGUCAAAACGAUAAAUGAAGACAGAAAGCCAGUAUGGAAUUCAAAUGGGCGCAGUGAGGAUGGCGAGGACGGGAAACCGCACCGAAGCAUGGAAAGCCCACACGGGCUAGCGAAGCAUUUGCAGACCCGCACGGGUGUGCACAAGUUGGUCCGCCGUGUCAUGGCAGCCCAACUGCUGGGAAAACUCAACACUCCCCCCGUGGAAGCAGCAGGUGGGAGCUUUGGGCUCCCGUUGUAACAGCGGGUACCGAGUAUCCAGGUAGAGCAAGCAAGCAAGCUGUAAUGUAGAGGUGCGGAGUCCCGCCGGUACCAUGCCACACUGCACCAGUUUAUUUACAACAGUGAAAAGUUACAAAGAAACCGACCUGACAAGAUCUUACCGCGCAAAGUCUUACCGGGUGGAUACCGCCUGAUUGGGUGAG